AUGUCAUACAAUAAGCCCGACGGCCCUCCUCCUUCAUACCCUCCCCCCGUCCAUGACGGUGGCUACAACCACACCUACCCCCCGGCUCUGCUCCUCCGCCGGCCGGCGCCCCCCAGGACUACUACAAUCAAUCCGGCUAUCCUCCCCAGAACUACGGUCCCCCUCAAGGCCAAGGAUACGGAUACGGCGCUCCCCCUCCAGGUCCACAGCCCAUGUACUAUCCUCAAGCCGGAUACCCGCCGCCGCAACAACAACAACAACAACCUGGGUACUAUCCGGAGGAGCGUGGCGGCGGUGGUGGCUCGGGAGGUGGAAUGUGUGCUGGUAUCUUAG